AUGGCUGCCCACGGGGAUGGCAGCGGUUCGGUUCAGGGUCGAUCUAGAGAUGGCAAUGGGGCGGGUUCGGGAUGGGGUGAAGAUGGCAUCGGUUCGGUAACUAUCCAGGCACUGCAGAGCACCCACCAGUACAAUGCAAGCAAGGAACAAGAUUUUAUACUGACUGAAAUUAGUUUUGGUCAGUGGAAAGAUCAAAAUGAAGUAUGGAAAUCUUGCUGGAGAAUUCCCUCAUUAGAAGGGAAGUCGUUUGGUGGAUAUGUCUUUUUUUCAUUGAGUAAUGGCCCAGAGUAUCAUGCUCCACAGAUUGUAAAUGCUGUGGGAGUGGCUAGGCAUCUUGGAGCAACACUUGUGCUGCCUGACAUCAGAGGAACCAAACUUAGGGAAAAAGGUGAGUCCUUGCACAUAAAAGAAACCAUCCACUCAAAUGAAUGGAUAUCACUGGCCACAUUUGGAAGUCUCAAGUUGCAAGCAGAGCUAUGGGAAUUGUUCGAUUCGAUGGUUGGGACACUACAAAAAAUUGGUGAAUUUCUCAAGAAGAUUGGUUUUCACAAAGAAACAACGAUAUACUUGACUCAAACUGGAUGGCGUAGUAGGCUCGAUGAAUUGAAGAAUAUUUUCCCCAACACAUUUACAAAGGGAGCAGAAUAG